UUGUCUGACGACCUUAUCCGGAGGAAGUGAAGCCCAGACGAGCCAGCUCGCUCACAGGAAAAAAAAAAAAAAAAAAAAAAGAGUAAGCGAGAGAGAGUGAAAGUAACGUCACUGAUUUGCGGGAAUUUUGACAGAGUUGGACCCUGGGUCCAAAAAGUCCCGGCCCUUUCGAGCUCCGGGGAGGAAGACGGAGUCGUCGGUACCGGUAAAACGCCACUAUUCUCCAUGCUGUCGCUGGUAAUUUUUCGUAGAUAGAGACGACUCUGCGGCUGCCUCUCCACCCGCUCCCACAGCCGGAAGUCUGUGUGGAUGAAAUAAUGGAAGACUCUCAUUUUAACUCUUCAUACUUUUGGUCUCCCGUCCCCACCGUGCCAGGACAGAUCGAGAAUGCCAUGUUUCUGAAUAAAGUGAAAGAGCAACAGGAAAAGAACGCUUCGUUCUCUUCUUCGUCUGCGUCCCACUACCAGACGACACUUCUCACUAUCCCCACUCCUGGGUCCAAGACAGAUGGAAGCGGGCAGGCUGGCAGUGCAGCACACAUCCACCCUGCGCACAGCACUCAGAACAUCACUGUGUUGCCUGUCCCCUCCACGGGCAUAAUGACAGCAGCUGGUCUGGUUAUCACGACUCCUCAGGGAACGCUGGUCUCUCCCACUUCCUCUCAGUCAUUUGUCUCUGGUCAUACAGCAACAACCAUGAUUGUUUCAGCACUCCAUUCUCCAGACAAAAAAGAAGGAGAUGGGACAUCUCAUGUGGUUGUCAUGCCCACACCAUCCAAGCGAGGGAGAAAGAAGAAGACAAUGCUGUCCAGGGUAGCUCCUCUGGGUGGACCAGGAAAUGACACAUUAAUACUGGCACAUCUAACAGCUGGUGGCCAGGUGUCUUUGCAGCAUCAUACUGGAGAACCAUAUGAGCUAUCGCAUGAAGAGGACGGCCAUGGCCCAAAAGAUAGCACUAAGACGUACAGGUGCCGGAUGUGUGCGGCGACCUUCUUCAGUAAGUCUGACAUGCAGAUCCACUCCAAGUCGCACACAGAGGCCAAACCUCACAAGUGUCCCCACUGCGCCAAGUCAUUCGCCAACUCCAGCUACCUGGCCCAGCACAUCCGCAUCCACAGCGGGGCCAAGCCUUACACCUGCUCCUACUGCCAGAAAUCUUUCAGGCAGCUCAGUCACUUACAGCAGCACACACGGAACCACACAGAGUCAAAGCCUCAUAAGUGUCCCCAUUGUACUAAGUCAUUUGCCAACUCUAGCUACCUGGCUCAACAUAUCCGCAUCCACACCGGAGUGAAACCCUACACCUGCUUGUACUGCCAGAAGUCUUUCAGACAGCUCAGUCACCUUCAGCAGCACAGCAGAAUUCACUCCGGAGAUAGGCCUUACAAGUGCACCCAACCAGGCUGUGAGAAAUCCUUCACUCAACUCUCGAAUUUACAGUCCCACCGGCGUCAACACAACAAGGACAAGCCCUACAAGUGCAGCAACUGCAAUAAAGGAUACAUAGAUGCAGGAAGCCUGGAGGCACACAUGACCACACACACUGUCAAACAUGCCAGGAUCUACUCGUGUGGUCUCUGCAGCCGCACGUACACCUCAGAGACGUAUCUGGUGAAACAUAUGGAGAAACACAAUCCAGACCAUUUGACUGCACCACCAGUGGUGGCAGCACAGCAGAACCAAAGCCAGGCCCUGGGCCAGGCUGGAGCUCAGAGUCGGAGAGAGAGUGCAGAUGGAGGAUCGAGCCGAUCUGGGGGAGCAGGAAGUGGAGCAGCAGGGGGAAGACAGCAGGGGCAGAGCAACUACCCCCAGGCAGAAACCAUCCCAUGUCCUUUUGACCUGCAUCAGUAUAAGACUGUGUCUGCCAGUGACAUCCAGUACAAACCAGUCAGUGUAGCUGACAUUACUUCCCACAAGGACCUCUGUCUCACUGUGUCAGCCCCCACCAUUCAAGUGGAGCACCUCAACUCUUAGGAGUGGUCAAAGGCACAAGUGUGGGAGUUAUGUGGGGAAGUUAGAAUUAACUCAAAAUGAAUGGAGAAUGGAGAGUCGAAGGAUUAAAGCAAUACUAACAAUACAGAAGCUUUGGAACUUGUGACUGUGCCUGAAUGAUGAUUUGAGGCAGACGGGACAAAUCAUAUGCUGACUCAGUAUACUGAAGGCUGUAAUUCUUUUUUUUUUCUUCUUCUUCAAAGAUUAUCUGUUUCUCUUGCAAUAUUUGAUUGGUUUUCUUUUGCCUACUUGUCCUGUAUAGAAAGUGCAUGUAAAGUCUGCAAUAAAGUAUGUUUCAGUCCAUCAUAGUGAUGGUUUUAAGAAAGGAAGCAUCAAAGAGACAAUACUUUGUUUUAUUGUUAACACCUUCUGCUCUUCCAUGCAAAUACAAGUUUGACCAUAGCAACUUAUGAUUUCUUUGUGGAGGAAAUUUGCAGUUAACUGUAAUGGUACAUUUUUAUACUUUCACAUAGACUGAGUUUUUGCAUCAGUGUUCUUACCUCUGCUAUGAUGUAAUGUACAUGCUUGUGAUCUUUUUAACCUUAAAAGGGACAUUGAGAUUAUUUUCUUUUCAAGCAGGAAAAUUAUAGUUAUCAAGUACAUAGAGUUGUAUGCCACCAAUUUAUAACGUAUGAUUGUGCGUUAAAGGAUAUGGUUACCCACAUAAUGAAUUCAAACUUAACUGCAGGCCUUCACAUGACCUCUGGGGAAGUGACGAGCCACUUCGUGUUUAAUGUAAUCCAGUGUACUGCUUUGUGUGUAUGUCCAAAAUUAACGUUAUCCAAAUGUGCUCUUGCUAUAAUACUUAUACAAUAACAAUGUUUAUAAUACUUCUUUACAGACAUAUUAACAUUUGAAGUUUGUGCAGUUUUUCUUUCUGCUUAUAACACAAUAAACCUUUAAAAAUUU